UAUGCGUUAUCGACCGACGGCAAGCUUCUUGCAGCGUCAUUCAGUUCCAAUACUGUCCUUGUAUGGCGACUUCCCGGUGGUCUGCUGGUCCAUCGCCUCCAGUCUCACGUCCACAGCUUUGCUGUUACUUCCCUUUCAUUUUCCCCCAGUGGCCAUGUUCUUGUCUCAGGGUCUGAAGACGAGACCGCAAUUCUCUGGAAUGUUCAACACGGCUCUGUACUCCGACGUCUCACAGGGCAUCGUUCACGAUUGAACUACACUGUAUAUUCCCCCAAUGGCGUACUCAUUGCUACAUCUAGCUUGGAUCGAUCCGUGAAGAUUUGGGACGCCUCAACCGGAGCAUGCCAGGGUUCUUUCCGCUUCAACGAAGAUAUCUAUCAGCUCAUCUUCUCGCCGGAUAGCUCGCGCCUGUGCAUUCAAACAUUCGGCUCCUGUUCUAUCUACGAUGCGCAAUCCUAUAGGCGCAUCGCUCUAUUGCGACAAAACACUGCGCUCGAGCCAAUCGGGUUCUCAAUGUCUCGUCAAGGCGAUCGGGUAGUUACCGGAGCAUCCCCCGGUAAUCAAAUGAGAAUUUGGGACGCAGUGACUGGUCGACAGCUUCUCCCAAUCAACGACAACAAAAGAAAGCCGUCGUACGCUGUAGCAUUCUCCCCAGACGGUGCCGAGGUGUUGGCGGUGGCUCGCAAGGAAGAUCGAUGUGCUUGCGAAUGCUAUGCGCUGUCGACCGAUGGCAAGCUUCUCGCCGCUUCAUUCAGCUCCUCCGAUAUCAUCGUAUGGCGGCUUCCCGAUGGUCUACUAGUUCAACGGCUACGUGCCCAGAGCCAUCGCAACAAUAUUCGUUGCCUAUCUUUUUCCUCUGACGGUCAUGCUCUUGUCUCAGGAUCCAGCGACCUGGACAACAAUGUGAUUGUCUGGGAUGUCCAGCGUAGUCAUGUGCUCCUACAGCUCGAAGGACAUCAGAGCUGGUGGAUAGACUGUGUCGCAUAUGCCCCUGAUAACACCCUGAUCGCCACUUCCGACGUGAGCAGAUCUGUAAAGAUUUGGGAUGCCUCAACCGGAGUAUGUCUAAAAAACCUCAGUCUCGAUAAACACCCAUACUGGCUUACCUUCUCGCCGGAUAGUUUGCGUCUGUACCUUCGAACAUCCGACUCCUGUUUCAUCUACGAUGUGCGGUCCUACAGGCGCAUCGCUGUAUUGCAACACGGCGAGAACGAUGCGAUCCAAUUAUCAGUCUCUCGCCAAGGCGAUCGCGUAGUUUCUGGAGGAUACUCCGAGAAUGGUGUCAAGAUUUGGGACGCGGUGACCGGUCAAGAGCUUCUCACAAUCAACGACGAGAGAAAGCCGACACCUCCUGUAGCAUUCUCCCCAGAUGGCGCCGAGAUAUUAGCAGUUUGCGAGGCGGACCAAACGGCUCAGGCUCUCGCUUACGACUCGCAGACGGGCCGGCUACGCAAUAUCUUCAAGCUUUCACACAAACCCGAUUGCAUUGCAUACUCCCCGAACGGAGACUACGUUGCCUUCGCGGCUCGCAGCGGUAGUCUCGAAGUGUACGAUGCGAAGUCUCGGACGUUCAUUGGAGAGGUCGAGGGAUUUGGAAACGGUGCAAGAAUGAAGGAAGCUGAAUUUUUACCUGACGGUCUGACUAUUCUGUCUCAUUUCGAAGAAAAUUCUCAUGAAUCUCUUCGUCUGUGUAACGUACACGACCUAGUGCGGAUGCGAUAG